AUGAACGGAAACAAAGGAGGAAAGGAAGGAGGAAACUGGACCUUCAACAGAGGAGAGACAAACUCAGUUAUUGACUACGUAGUAACCAACGUUGAGUCUUGGGGAAAAGUGGAAAAAUUUGAGGUAGGAUUGAGACUGGAGUCGGAUCACCAACCAAUUACAACAGUGAUAAGGAGAAAAGAAGGAGAUUUGAGAAGGAUUGAAGAAGCUGAAAGGAUACAGCACAGAUGGACGCAGUGUUGGGGAGAAAAAAAAAGAAAGAUAUUUGAAGAAAGAGAGGAAAAGUUAAACUGGCUGGAAAAGAUGGGGGAGGAGAAAUGGAUAGAGUUAAAAAAAGGAGUAAAAGAAUGCAUGGUGAUUAAGAAAAGAGAGCCUAAAGAAAAAGGAAAAUAA